CACGCUCUCGUGCCGAUCAACUAUUUGUACUGAAUCCCUGUCCGAUGUCUUGACGAGUUCGUCCUUGGUCCUUGUUAUUUUGUUUUUGCAACCGUCAUACAUAAUACUCUGCCAUGGCAGAAGACAACCAACAAUCUUCAUGGCAUCCUGCCUUGAGGAUGCACAACAGCUCCGAUGAGGUCCCUCGAUUAGCCCCGCGACCCGAAGCUACAACAGCCAACGACCAUAGCGACUUCUUCCAUCGCAUUCCCGAAGAGCAACCUGAACCAAUCGCCGAAGAGACACUGUCUAGAGAUACUGUUCAGCCUUCACCUGCCGAGGUAGCACAGUCCAAUGUCCAAGAGCCCAACUUCGCGACCGAGAGCCUCGACACGUCAGCCCCAAUCGCACAACAGGCCUCAGACGAUGCACACACCGAGGAGUCACAACCUAUCGAAUCGCCAAACCUGAUCCCUGAGCCAACACAUGACUCUCUUGAGGACUCACCACAUGUGCCAGAGCCAGAGGUCCAACAUGCCGAGCCUCUGGCAUUCGACGAGCCCCAACAAGUCACACCACGAGAGACGGAACAGUCUUCUGUUGAUGAAGCCUUUGGAAGCCUUGAUAGAGAAGAGUUGGAAUACCCCAGAGAACAAUACGAGUACCAGGGUCAGACCACUGCUGCCGAUGACGCUGUCGAUGAAAGUGAUGAUGCGCCCUUGAUGGAGGAUGAGGAAACUCUGCCCACUCCCGGUUUCGCCACAGACGGGCCCGCCAUCAACGCCCAUGACGUUCCUUUCGAACCCUUCCAUAGCGAUCCCUCGGCCGUGGCCACAGCUGAACACGUUUAUGAAAUGACCACUGGAGACGCCCCUUCUGCACACGAGGCCACCGAGGACACUGUCCCAGACGUCCAGGCGAUCGAGCAGCAAGACACGCGAGUAUCUGAAGCCCCGGAGGCUUCAUCAGCACUGGAAGAGGCAAAAGAAACAUUACGCCAGGUGGCCGAAGAGCCCAUAGAAGAACCAGUCCAGAUUCAAUCUCAAUCAUCAGCCGCCUUUGAGUGGGGAGAUGAUGAUCAGACAGAAGAUUUCGGAGCUGUUGUAGGGAAUGUGCCGGCAGAGGAGAACAAUGUCGACCCAGACAACCGCGUGGCAGGUAGUGGAAUUGUUGCAUCCCAAGCCACCGCUCUGGCCCAGGCCUUGCAAGAGCAGAAAGCACAGGACGAUGCUCCAGUCGAAGAGAAGAGUGAGGAAGAUCUGGCUGCCAUGUGGUCGGCUGCUCUGGAUGAUGACGAUUUCCUCGACGACAACGCUGUUGAUCCCAGCGGCUUCUUUGACGAUGAUGGUGAAGGUUUCCUUGAUGACUUUGACACAAUUCCUGCACCGGCACAACAGGUCUUCAGUCCCGAUCGGUCUAGUCCCGGGAUUGCUCCUGUCUAUGACGCCCAAGGAAACACCAUGGGCUUCACAAAGCUUGGUGGACCUCAAGAACAGAUCAACGCUCCUGCAAAUCCCUAUUCACCAGCGCCACAACAGCAAAAUCCAUACUUGGCUCCAACUCUGCCGUCUGUACCUCUGUACAACCAGCAACAGCAGCCUGUUCGACCGGUUCUGAACAACGCUCAGAGCUUUGCCGACAAGUCCAAGGGUGGCUACUCAUCUCCAUAUGAUUUGCCUGAGGACAUUGUCCAGCCUCGCAGACGUCCUGCAGCUGCCAUCAUACCAAAUCAGUCUGCUGGCCCAGCUCCUCCCCCAAGAAGUAGCAGUAUGCAAUCUACUGCCCCACCUCUGUCGCGUUCUGCCACUGCUGCUCCCUCAGCAACCAUAGCAUCUCCGCCCAUGAAUCAAUCUCCAAGCGUUGCAACUCUGCCACCCAAACCUGCUACUUCAAGCGGAGCAAACAGAUCUGCUUCUGGUUUCUUCGAGGAACUCCCUAUGGUGCCCAAGCCAAGGACAAGGCCUUCUGGAGCAUACACCCCUGCAAUCACAUCGCCUUCUCCUCCUCGAUUACCUCCGCAAGGCAUGGGAGCUACUUUGCAGACCCCUCCGCAAGGUCCCCCAAUCCGCCCACCAUCCCGUCCCGUCAUGCCUCCUCCAGCUGGCUCAUCGAACUACAAUGUCACGGCUUUUAGACAACCCGAGAAGCUGCCAUUGUUGCCUGACGUGCAAGCCACUCCUCAACAGUUGGAGCCUCCCCAACCUACUGGUCCACCAGCUUCUUCGAGAUACUCGCCCGCCGCUCCUGCCCAGGCUCCCUCGGCUGCAGCACCUCCUCCAGUCACAGGUCGCUUCUCACCAAUGCCGCCACCUGCGCCUGCCGCAACCUCGCGAUACUCUCCAGCUCCACAAGCUCAGGCUCAAAACCAAGCACAAAAUAA